AUGCCUGCAAUGACACGCGCAUUUGAGAUUAGUGAUCGUCUCACUGUCAAUUUACACGAGCCUACCUUAACAGAAGACAAUCUGGGGUUCAAGACGUGGACCUCAUCCGUCUUACUGUCACGCCGACUGCAAGAUUGUCGUAGGUACAUUCCAAAUGAACCAUCUCGGGUGUUGGAGCUAGGUGCAGGCACUGGCUUGGUGGGAAUUGCGGCUGCGUGCACAUGGAAAACACAUGUGCUUUUGACUGACCUGCCGGAGAUUCUUCCAAAUCUUCUGCGGAAUCUCGAGCAGAACCAGGAGUUGAUCACAACAAGCGGGGGGAGCACCGAGUCACGGGCACUUGACUGGGUUGAUGAGAUGGACUCGCCGCAACGCGACGAGGACAAAUUCAUGGUCAUUCUUGCGGCUGAUCCUAUUUAUUCACCCGAGCACCCUAAGAUGCUUGUGAAUGCUGUCAGGCGCUGGAUCUGCCACUCCCCAGAGGCCAGGUUCAUCGUUGAACUUCCGUUACGUGAUCGCUAUGACGAGGAAAGACUAAAUUUGCGAAAUACGUUGCAGCAGCAAAUGUUUGAGUUGCUUGUCGAAGGAACAGACGUCGGGUUUGACGACUGGUACCAGCGAGAUGGUACUCCAUCAGAGGUCAUAUGUUGGUGGAGUAUAUGGAGACCCAUUCUUCAAGUCUGA